GGAGGUGCCCCGCGCGCCCGCAGUCCCGCACUCCGCUGCGCGUCCCGCCGAGGGCAGUCGGUCGCCGCGCCAUGCUCCUGCUGCUGGGGCUGUGCCUGGGGCUGCCGCUCUGCGGCUGCGGCUCGGAAGAGGCGCGGAGCCGGGGUGGCCCUUCGGAGCGCGUUGAACUCCGGGUCCCAAGGCAAGUAAGGCUGUUGCAAAGACUGAAAACCAAACCCCUGAUGACAGAAUUCUCGGUGAAGUCCACCAUCAUUUCUCGCUAUGCUUUCACUACGGUUUCCUGCCGGAUGCUGAACAGGGCUUCUGCGGACCAGGAGAUUGGGUUUCAGAUGCAGAUUCCAGGUGCAGCUUUCAUCACCAACUUCACCAUGCUUAUCGGAGACAAGGUGUACCAGGGAGAAAUUACAGAGAGAGAAAAGAAAAAUGGUGAUAAAGUAAAAGAGAAAAGGAAUCAGACUGCAGAAGAUAAUGGGGAGCAGGGGACUGAGACAUUCAGAGCCUCUGCACUGAUUCCCAGCAAGGACAAGGCUGUCUUCCUCCUCAGUUACGAAGAGCUCCUGCAGAGGCGGCUUGGGAAGUACGAGCACGCCGUUAGCGUGCGCCCCCAGCAGCUGGUGGGGAGGCUGACUGUGGAGGUGGAUGUCCUGGAGAGGUCGGGCAUCAGGGCGCUGGAGGUGCUGCAGUUCCGGAGCAGUCGGCGGAAGGGUGGCGGGAAGGGGGCAGAUGAUUCUGGGCCUCCUCCUUCUACUGUUAUCAGCCAGAAUGAAACUUUUGCCAAAGUCAUUUUUAAGCCUAGUGUGGUACAGCAAGCCAAGAUUGCCCAGAAUGGCAUUUUGGGAGAUUUCAUCAUUCGAUAUGACGUCAGCAGGGAACAGAGCAUUGGGGACAUCCAGGUUCUAAAUGGCUAUUUUGUGCACUACUUUGCCCCCAAAGACCUUCCUCCAUUACCCAAGAAUGUGGUAUUUGUGCUUGACAGCAGUGCGUCCAUGGUAGGAACCAAACUGCGGCAGACCAAGGAUGCCCUUUUCACGAUUCUCCAUGACCUACGACCCCAGGAUCAUUUCAGUAUCAUUGGAUUUUCCAACCGGAUCAAAGUGUGGAAGGACCAUUUGAUAUCAGUUACUCCCAACAACAUCAGAGACGGCAAAGUCUACAUCCACCACAUGUCGCCCAACGGAGGCACAGACAUCAACGGGGCCCUGCAGGAGGGCAUCAGGCUGCUCACUAGCUACGUGGCCCACAACGACAUUGAAGACCGCAGCGUGUCCCUCCUUGUCUUCCUGACGGAUGGGAAACCCACUGCCGGGGAGGUCAACACCGUCAAGAUUCUCAGUAACACCAGGGAGGCCGCCCGAGGCCAAGUCUGCAUCUUCACCAUCGGCAUCGGCAAUGACGUGAACUUUAAGCUGCUGGAGAAGCUGUCGCUGGAAAACUGUGGCCUCACGCGGCGUGUUCAGGAGGACGACGACGCGGGCUCACAGCUCAUCGGGUUCUAUGACGAGAUCAGGACCCCUCUGCUCUCUGACAUCCGCAUCGAUUACCCCCCCGGCGUAGUGGAGCAUGCCACCAGAACCUUGUUCCCCAACUACUUCAAUGGCUCUGAGAUCGUCAUUGCUGGGAAGCUGGUGGACAAGAAGACGGAUCGACUGCACGUGAAAGUUACAGCCAGCAACGGUAAGAAGUUUGUCAUACUGAAGACAGACGUGCCCGUGGAGCCCCAGAAGAUGGGGAGUGGCAUCCCAGGAAGCCCCAGGCCCACGGGUGAUGGCCCCGGGGACUGCAACCACCUGGAGCGUCUCUGGAGCUACCUGACCGUGAAGGAGCUGCUUAGAUCCUGGCUGCAGAGUGACGACGAGCUGGCGAAGGAGCAGCUGAGGCAGAAGGCGCAGGCUCUGGCGCUGAGCUCCCGCUUCCUCACCCCGUUCACCUCCAUGAAGCUGAGGAGACCAGCACUGCGCACGGAGCCGCCGGAGGACUCCUACCGCUUGUCCGCAGCCACUGGGCCUGAAACAGUGGUCCAGGGCCUGCGAGGCGCCAGCCUGCAGCCAGGACUUGCUCUCAAGAAACCACAUAACCCGAGAAUUAAAGUCUCCAAAACAUCAGCGGAUGGAGAUCCCCACUUCGUUGUGGAUUUCCCCUUGAGCCAGCUCACGGUCUGCUUCAACAUCGAUGGGCAGCCCGGGGACAUCCUAAGGCUGGUCUCUGAUCACGCGGACUCUGGCGUGACAGUGAAUGGAGAGUUGAUCGGGGCCCCUGCUCCCCCAAACGGCCACAAGAAACAGCGAACUUACUUCCGGACCAUCACCAUCCUCGUCAAUCAGCCCGAGAGGUCUUACCUUGAGAUCACACCGAACAGAGUCAUCUUGGAUGGCGGGGACAGGCUGGUCCUUCCCUGCAACCAGAGUGUGGUGGUGGGGAGCCGGGGGCUGGAGGUGUCGGUGUCGGCCAAUGCCAGUGUCACUGUCACCAUCCAGGAUACCAUCGCCUUCGUCAUCCUCAUUCACCUCUACAAAAAGCCAGCCCCCUACCAGCGAAAUCACCUGGGCUUCUACAUCUCCAACAGCAAAGGCCUUUCCGGCAACUGCCACGGCCUGCUAGGUCAGUUCCUGAACCAGGAUGCCAGACUCACAGAAGAGCCCACCAGGCUCAGCCAGAAUAUUACCGACCCUCCGUUCCGUGAGGCAGGAGAAAGGUCAGAGGCGGUCCUAAAGGUGAAAGGGCACCAAGUCCCAGUGGUCUGGAAACAGAGGAAAAUCUACAAUGGGGAAGAGCAGGUGGACUGCUGGUUUGCCAGGAAGGCCACAGGCCUGGUUGACGGGGAGUACAGAGACUACCUGGCCACCCACCCUUUUGACUCAGACACCACAUUUGGCCCUGAAAUAGCCAGGGGACUUGGACACUAGCAGUCCUCCUGUAAGAGUGCCUGAGCCAGAAAUGGCCUUCAGGGACACCAUAGUGCAGUGUUUUCUGCUUGCAUGGGCCUUGUCACUUGGCAGCCGCAAGCUGUGACUGACCCCUGGUGGCGUGUUGGUCUGACGGUGUCUUGCACAAAGGCUGGGGUCAGGAGGCUGCAGCACAAACGUUAUUUCCUCCUGCCUCCCCACCCCCGGCCCCCACCUGCCUUCCAUAGAGAAAGGUGGUAGCUCCAAGGGUGGAGGCCAUGGCUACAAGCAAGAAGUCUUGUGCCCCCUGGCUUGUUCAUCUCAUAGCCUAACGAGGGGUAACUUUGCUGAAGGGAGGUUUGUUUUCUCUGUGGAAAUGGCCACAUUUGGGCACUCUGCUUUUUGCCUUGUGUGAAUGCUUAGGCUUCUCUCUCCUUCAUUCUCCAGAUAUGUGGCCAACCUCAGGGGAGCCUCUCACUUGGUCCAAGCCACAAGUCAUGCAAAUAGCAUAUAGAUCUGAUCAUUGUAAACAAUUACCUCUUUUCUUAGGAGAGGAUUUUCCUGCGUUAUGAUAUCUUGCCCUGAAAAAUUACUUUACAUUUUUAAAAACUUGACUGAAAAUAGAAAAUCUACAUCCCAGAUACUGGUGCAUUUCUAAUGGGCUUUGUAAACCACUUGACUUUGCUGAUGGAUAAUCUAUUUAUUCUGGUAAGCUAAGUGCUUUGAAUAAACAUGGACAACCCCAUGUGGAUGUUUCCUACCAGCCUGUCUAGGGGCUGGAGAGUCAGUCAGUUGAAGAAUCUCUUAGUUGGCGCUUGUCAGCCUUUGUCAUAAUUUGGGCCUCCUUUGCUCAUGGUCCUCCAGGAGUGGUAAUUAGGCUCUUGCCGUACUGGAAUGGGAGGUGGAGCCAGUGCAGGUGUGUCCACCAGCCGACCUACAGGCAUCCACUUGUCCGUCCUCGGCAGGGAGUGCGGCCGUGCUCGCAAAAUCAGGAAGGCUCUCGGCAUCAAUCAGGCACAGCCAGGCAAUCAGCAUGAGUAAGGGGCUUCGGUUCCAGAACUUGGACCCAUCUGAUCCCAGGGAAGAGUGAGAAUCCAUUGGGGGGACAGGAGGUGUCAAAAGUCAGUGCAGGCCACCCUUCUCAUGUGGGCACCCUGCUGAGGCCCGAGCCCGUUCCCCAGGGCCCAAGGCUGAUGGUGGCACCACUGCCCUCUUUUCUUGCCUCCUUGCCAGUUCUCGGGUUUCCAGUUUGGUUUUCUCAGGACAACCCAGGUUCAGAAGGCCUGAAGCUCAUGAGUGAGGAGCGAGCUCAAGAUAGCUGGAUGCAGGGACCACUUGAGCCCAACAGCAGAGAAAGAUAGAUUCAGGCCAGAGAAAAGAAUAUUUUGAUGUGAGACCGAAUUAAAAGCUUUUGUGCUGGCUUCACAGGAGGCUUCUCGCAGGCAGGAGUGACUCCCGAGCAGGUGCUCACAAUUACGGUGCAUACUGAGCACUUAGAGAGAAAUCAGAGUUAAGAAAAUUGUUUAUCACAGACCCUCCGUGGGAAACAGUUGAGCAGCAAAAUGCCAGCCACAUAUUCCUGUCGGACCAGGUGGUUUCGGGAGAUUGUUAGUGCCAGGGGAUUCUCCAGUUUUGUUUCAGAGUGUCGGUCUCUCCAUUUCCUGAACCCCCAGACCAUGCCCUGCCAGCUGUGUUAUUUUUGACCCCCAUCUUCCCAAACUCAGCUCCCCAUUUCCAUGCCAGCUGUGUGGAGACACCAGCCCAGCCUGCUGACAGAUGCUUCCAUAUUUCAGAGCUCAGAGGAAGAAGAGCAACACCACACAGAGCUGGCCAGCACUUGGGUAGGCUCCUGGGGACCUGACUGGUAUAUAAACCUCGGGCCCAGCAAGCAGACACCCCCCGGGAGCCCAGAGGCCCAGCGCUGUGCUCACAGGCAGAGCAGUGAUCUGGGUUCUGGGUGUAGGCUGUGCAAGGGCAGACAGGAGGCCACCGCUGGACAUUCACAGUUAGUGCAGCCUUUCUGAGCAGAGAACACCCCAGUGGGGUACCUGUCGCCGACUCUCCUGCUCUGAAAAGAUGUUUUUAAGGAUCAAGGUUAGGCUUUUGGUGAUUUUACUUCAGACAAAUCCCACGUUUCUUUCUCCUCUUCAGCUGUCUAGCUCUUGUUAUUGCAAAAGAUAUUUAUUUACUAUUUCGUUUUCUGUUUUCGCCAGAGGUCUGUCAGGGAUCUGUCCCUGCCCCACAUGCAUGUUGCCUGCUCCGUCAUGCACCAGCCUCAGUGGCUGUUCCAUCCUGCUCCGUCUUCUAGAACAAGCUUUACCUGAAAACCUGCUCCCGUCUCGCUGAGAAGGCGGCAGGUGGGGCUCCAUCCUUUUCUAUCAGCGUAGCCCUGUGGUCACCAGAUGUUGUCUUUGUCCUUCCCAGUACACCACCUGUCACCCUGCGUUUGGAUCUCUCCCUCUCACUCCCUUUAUCGCCUUACUUUCUAGGCUCUUUUCCCAACAGGUUUUUGCUUCUUGAUUUCAAACAUCAUCCCAGAAGUUUCCUGUGGUCUGAAACUGUUGUCCCCGAUUGGGCUUCUGUCUUGCCAAUGGGUUUCAGCCCUGGGCAAGUUCACUAUGGAUUCAAUGUGACCAAAUAAAUUAACAGCAAAACGUUCUUUGGGGUGAAAGGGUUUAUUACCCAGCUUGCUCUCCCAGUCCUAAGUAGAGCACUAGCGUCUCUGCCUCCGCCCAGGGCACUGGGCUGAGCUCUCUAUUUAGCGCAAUAAUAGCUUAGUGCCUAAAGGUGUGGAAGCGGCAGCCUAGCAACAGGCCAGUUACAUCAUCAGGUGGUUUAAGUUCAGUGGGGAUCCUGGCCAUAGGAACCCCAACUUCCCCACAGCUCACCUGGGCCUCUUGUCACCUUUCGUUUCCGUGCCCCACUUGCUCUAGGGGUUGCUUUUUGGACCCUCAUUUCUUCCACCCUGUCCUCAGGUGCCGCCUCUGUCUUCACCGUGUUGAUGGGACUGUGUCUUGGCUGUAGCGUUGCGGUCCCUGGUGCUGGGUCCCAGCUGUCAGUGUCUUCAGCCCCUGGUGCAUGAGGAAGUCGGCAUCUUCCUCUUUUGAAAUGCUGAUGCUUUGCUUCUUUUGCGUGAUAAAAAAAACUUUCCUCAUCUCCUUUGCUGAAAUUCUUUCCGCCUCCUAACCCGUGGAGUUACCUUGGCCCUGCACAGACAGUCCCUGGAUACAAACCUGCAGUGGUGAGUCCUCAUCUGGGUACACUUCCUGUAGUUAUUCUGGCAUCACUGCAAACUCAGGAAUAAAAGCAAACUUCCCAUCUUCAAAAUGUCUAUAUUUUAAUUUUGAGUAUGUGGAAUAUGGGAUCCAGGAAGAAAGGAAGAAGUUCCAGCAACAGUCCUUUUCUGUUUGAUUGUUGCACAUAAAAGCAGAAAUGUGUGUGUGUGUGUGUGUGUGUGUGUGUGUGUGUGUGUGUGUGUGUGUGUGUUGGGUACGUUUCAUAGUGGCCAACUCAAAAUUAAUUUUUAUAAACACAGCAUUCUUCCUGAAAAUUCUCUGUUAAUCAUAUUAUGGUCUCAAAACAACAGCUGUGUUUGUGUAAGAGAAGGUCCAAUGUCCUGAUUGCCCACUGGGAACUUCUGGUUAUAUAAGAUGAAAAUCACAUGUACUAAGUUUAUUGACAUGUUAAUUAAAUAACUUCAUUGUACCAUCAGUACAAAACUCAUUAUAAAUACAUUUUAGUAUGCUUUUUAAAAAUGAAUUUUAUUGGAAAUGUAUAAGGGCAUAUAGCAAAUACAGUGUUCUAGAUACUUGAGUAUAAAUGAGUGUAUGAGUGGUAGACACACACUCUUUUAUCCUGUUAAAUUUCCUACUGGAAGGCUGCCUCACACUGCUAGGCUCUUUCUGCCAGAAGGAUAACGUAAGCUCUGUAAUGUUAUGGAAGGCUGAGAUCCAGCUUCUGUUCCAAAAGUUCACAUGGAAUGUUACAGAAGAAACUAAUCUUUCCAGGGGAAUGCAAAGCAGUUCAAAGUCAGAAGGCUUGACUCGAAAGUGAAGUGUAUUUGCUUUUGAAGAAGGCCAGAGCCCAGGAAUAGUCUAGAAACUUAAAGUCUUAAAGUUCUAUACAACUUGGAGGCAACUAUUUUUCAGUCUCUUCAUCUGCCUGCCUAGAAAACAGAAACAAAGCAUUUCGAGAAUUUGUGAUAAAAACACCAUAUAAAACUUUGUAUAUUACUGAAGGAUGAUAAUGUUUUAAAUUGUUCAUGCCAUUUUCCCAGAAGAGAAAAUGCUUCAAAAUAAAUACAUUCACUUAUUCA